AUGAGUAAUAUUUACAUUCAAGAGCCAGCUACUCGUGGCAAAGUUGUUUUAGAUACAACUGUUGGUGAUAUUGAAAUUAAUGCCCAUUAUGGUUAUUAUGAUGGUACAGUUUUUCAUCGAGUUGUACCAAAUUUUAUUGCACAAGCUGGUGAUCCAACUGGAACAGGUGAAGGACGUGAAUCAGCAACUGGUGAAUUCUUUGCAGAUGAAUUUCAUACACGUUUACGUUUUAAUCGUCGUGGUCUUGUUGGUAUGGUUAAUCAAGGACCAAAUACUAAUGCUAGUCAAUUCUUUUUUACUUUGGGUAGUACUCCAGAACUUGAUAAAAAGAAUACAUUAUUUGGCAAAGUUGUUGGUGAUACAUUAUUUAAUAUGUUGAAAUUAGGUGAAGGAGAAAUUAUUGGUGAAAUACCAGUACAUAAACAUAAAAUAAUUAAAGCAGAAAUUAUAUCAAAUCCAUUUGAUAAUAUGGUAUCUCGACCUCGAGCUAAAUCACAAAUGAUUGAUGAUGAUAAUGAUGAAAUAAAUAAAAAGUCGAAAGAAACUGUACAAGCUAAAGCAAUCAAAAAUUAUGGUCUUCUUUCAUUUGGAAAUGAAGCUGAAGAAGAUGAAGAAGAAAUAACAAAAAUUUCAAUGACAUUCAAACAAAAAGGAACAGGAAAAAGUGCACAUGAUUUAACCAAUGAUUCAACAUUAAGUAAAAAUACAGUUAUAUUAAAUGAAAAUAAUGAAGAAAGUGAUGAAGAAUUACCUAUAGAAAAACAAAAUUUUAAAAUAAUAGAAAAAAGUGAUGCAGAUUUUGAUAAAGAAGAACUUGAUCGAUUUUGUUUUGAUAGAAAUGAAAAUGUUAAACUUGAAAUUGAACGAUUAAAAAAAGGAUUAAAACAAACAAAAAAGUCAUCAUCAGCAUCUACACCCAAAUCAUUAGAAAAUGUCGUCCAAGAAGAAACAGAACUUACCUCAAGUACUACUACAUUAAUGGAUGAAUUAAUGGCAGGUACAAGACGAAACAAUAAAAAAAAUCAUAGUAGUCAUUCAAAUUCAAGAGAAUCUCAAACACUUGAUUUAUUAGAAAGAUUUCGUGUAAAAGUUCAUACUGAUAAAGAUGAACAAACUAGUGAACCUUUAAAUGUAACCCAAUCAGAACAAAUAGCUGAUAAAGUUCAAACACCAUUUUUAAAACAUACUUUUGUAUCUCAAGAAUUAUUAGAUAAUGUUCAAGAUAUUUAUACGAAUGCUGAAUUAUUAACUGUUUAUGAUCCAAGAAAUCCAAUGACUAAACGACGACGAUAUGAAAGUAGUAUGCUACUUCAUCAAAAAAAAACAUAA